AUGUUCUCGGCCGUGCUGCUCCACUGCACUCUCCUGCGCGCCAGCGCCACCGUCCCGCGGGGUAGCCGCCUCGUCGCGCAGUCCGCCGCCGACGACUCGUUUGCCUCCCAAGAGCUGGCGCGCACGUGGGAGAGGACUGGCAAAGGGAAGCGAUGCUGGCAGCCGGGUGAUGCGACGGGGGACACCAGGGACGACGCGCGGCUCCUCUUCACCUCUUGGAGACUGACGCCCCUACGGCUGCGCACGCGGCCAGGCUGCCUCGACUGCGUCCGCUGCCAGUUGGUGCUCUCGCACAUCGGGCUACCCUUUCAGUGCGAGGCGGCGGAGGGCGAGUUCGCGCCCGCCCUCUUCGGCGCCGGCGUCGGCAUCUCAGACAACGCGGGGAUCGCGGGCGUCGAGGAGAUUUGUGAGUUUGCGGAGGCCAACGGCGCGGCGAUGGCGGCGACGAUGCGGGACGUGACGCCGCUGGCGCCGCCCUCGGGCCGCGCGGAGGUGGAGGAGUGGCUCGAGGAGGCGAGGGCGGCGGCACUGGGCGGCGACGACGACCUGACGGGCUUGCUCGAUCGCCUCGCCGGGCUGCUGGGCGGCGGUGGCGACGGCGGCGAGUCGAAGGUGCAGUUUGGGGCGAGGGCCGCGCAGCGGGCGCGGCUCGCCGCCGCCUAUGCGAGCCUCUCCAACGGCGGCUUCGGGCUGGAGGAUGCCGCCGCCCUAGCCGCACUGAGUGCUCUCGCGAGCAGGGCCGGAGGCACGCACCAUUGGCCCGAGGCUGCGCGCGACUACUUCGAGGAGAGCCGCGCGUGCCGCCAAGCCGGGCUCCUCAAGCAGCCGCAGGGUGCUUGA